AUGACUCCUCUUCUAUGUUCAAUCUUUGAUCGAGCAACUAAUUACAAACGACUUUCAAAUGGUACUAUUGAUGUUAUCCAUGUCAUCGAAAAUGAUGCUCAAAUGGGUUAUCUUCAACGUCAAGUUCUUUUUAUCACAUUCAAUUUGGAUGAUUUGACAACCAUUUUUCCUCAUGAAAAAACAAUGGCUACCUUAACCUAUUUACUUCGAGAACAUUUACUAGGACAGACGAUAGCUGAUCUUACUAUUGAUACUAUCCUACAAUUAGUUCAGCUUUUUUUAAACUCAAUUCUUUAUCGAGAACAAGCAAUCUUAACAUGGCAUGGAUCCAAAAAUCAAUUUCUUACAUUGUUCAAUAAAACUGCUGUUAGUACUGAGCAUAUUCCAAAUGCUACGACAAUGUUUAUUGGAUCGACAGUACAUUUCCAUGAUCUGGAAAUUAGCUAUACCAACAAUGGUACUCUUGAAAGUAAAGUGUAUUAUGAUUCAGAUAUUGAUACUUUAUCAAAUGUAUCAGAUGAACUAAUGGAAAACAAAUCAAAACAAUUAUGUGCUGUUCUAUAUCGGGCCGUUCGAUGCUGUUCUGAUGUUGAGAAAUUCAAUAGUGAACUGCUUUAUAUCCAGGUAUCAUUUCUGACAUUUGGUUUCACAUCAGAAUUUAUUCACUCUGGUAUUCAAUGUUUUUACCAACAAUUUGGCAUACCAGAAACAUUCUUGGCAUCACUUUUGAAGGAUAAUAAGUAUGAUCAUUUACGUCGGCGUAUUAUAGAAGAUGUCGAACAACAAGUAGAAUUGAAAUAA